GCAGGCGCGGGGCAGGAGGCGGCGUCCACGGGCGGCCGCCCGGCCCCGGCAUGGAGAAGCGGGCAGCCGCGGGGCCGGAUGCGGCGCCGGGCGCCCGGGCGCAGCUCGCCGUCGUCUGCCUGGUGAACAUUGUUCUCACCGGGCGGCUCAGCAGCGCCGUUCCUGCCUUAGGUGAGGCUAGCACCUCUCAGCCUCCUCUCCUGACAGCCGCCUGCAGCGGGAAACUGGAGCAGCACACGGAACGACGCGGUGUCAUCUACAGCCCAGCCUGGCCCCUCAACUACCCACCGGGCACCAACUGCAGCUGGUACAUCCAGGGUGACCGUGGGGACAUGAUCACCAUCAGCUUCCGCAACUUUGACGUGGAGGAGUCCCACCAGUGCUCCCUGGACUGGCUCAUGCUGGGCCCAGCGGCUCCGCCCCGCCAGGAGGCCUUCCGGCUCUGCGGCUCCGCCAUCCCACCCGCCUUCAUCUCUGCCCGGGACCACGUUUGGAUCUUCUUCCACUCGGACGCCUCCAGUUCCGGCCAGGCCCAGGGCUUCCGUCUCUCGUACAUCCGAGGGAAGCUGGGCCAGGCAUCCUGCCAGGCUGACGAGUUCCGUUGUGACAACGGCAAGUGCUUGCCGGGCCCGUGGCAGUGCAACACCGUGGAUGAGUGCGGCGACGGCUCUGACGAGGGCAAUUGCUCGGCGCCUGCCUCCGAGCCGCCGGGCAGCCUGUGCCCCGGGGGCACCUUCCCCUGCAGCGGGGCGCGCUCCACACGCUGCCUGCCCGCCGAGCGGCGCUGCGACGGCACUCAGGACUGCGGCGAUGGCUCCGACGAGGCUGGCUGCCCCGACCUGGCCUGCGGCCGGCGCCUGGGCAGCUUCUACGGCUCCUUCGCUUCCCCAGACCUGUUCGGCGCGGCCCGUGGGCCCUCGGACCUUCACUGCACGUGGCUGGUGGACACACAGGACCCACGGCGCGUGCUGCUGCAGCUGGAACUGCGGCUGGGCUAUGACGACUACGUGCAGGUAUACGAGGGCCUGGGCGAGCGUGGGGACCGCCUGCUGCAGACGCUCUCCUACCGCAGCAACCACCGGCCCGUGAGCCUCGAGGCCGCCCAGGGCCGCCUCACCGUGGCCUACCACGCCCGUGCCCGCAGCGCCGGCCACGGCUUCAAUGCCACCUACCAGGUGAAGGGCUAUUGCCUUCCGUGGGAGCAGCCGUGCGGGAGCAGCCGCGAGGGCGACGUGGACGACGCGGGCGAGCAGGGCUGCUUCUCGGAGCCGCAGCGCUGCGACGGCUGGUGGCACUGCGCCAGCGGCCGGGACGAGCAGGGCUGCCCCACCUGCCCCCCCGACCAGUACCCCUGUGAGGGUGGCAGCGGCCUCUGUUACACGCCGGCCGACCGCUGCAACAAUCAGAAAAGCUGCCCCGGGGGCGCCGACGAGAAGAACUGCUUCUCCUGCCAGCCGGGCACCUUCCACUGUGGCACCAACCUGUGCAUCUUCGAGACGUGGCGCUGUGACGGCCAGGAGGACUGCCAGGACGGCAGCGACGAGCACGGCUGCCUGGCGGCCGUGCCCCGCAAGGUCAUCACCGCCGCCCUCAUCGGCAGCCUGGUCUGCGGCCUGCUACUCGUCAUUGCCCUGGGCUGCGCCUUCAAGCUCUACUCCCUGCGCACGCAGGAGUACAGGGCCUUUGAGACCCAGAUGACACGCCUGGAGGCUGAGUUUGUGCGGCGAGAGGCACCCCCGUCCUAUGGGCAGCUCAUUGCACAGGGCCUCAUUCCACCUGUGGAGGACUUUCCCGUCUACAGUGCGUCACAGGCCUCGGUGCUACAGAACCUUCGCACGGCCAUGCGGCGACAGAUGCGCCGGCACGCCUCCCGCCGCGGACCCUCCCGCCGCCGCCUCGGCCGCCUCUGGAACCGGCUCUUUCACCGACCGCGGGCACCGCGCGGACAGAUCCCGCUGCUGACGGCUGCGCGCACCUCACAGACGGUGCUGGGCGAUGGGCUCCUCCAGCCGGCACCGGGGGCUGGCCUAGACCCCCCGGCACCCCUAACAGACACAGGCAGCCCAGGGGCAGCCGGGGAGGGGCCCCCCGGCGCCCCUAGCCACGCACCGGAGGUGGGGCCUUCUGUGCCGCCCACCUCGGGCCUGCGGGACCCAGAGGCCAGGCCAGCGCACAAGGACAGGAAGGCCGGCAGGGACCCUCUGGUGGACAACCCAGCCCCUGUGGACAUGCCUCGGGCGUCCUGCUCGGCCCAGGGCCCUCACCCCCCGGCCCCCACUGCCGGCAGCACCCUAGGCCCCCACCCACCAGAGCCACUGGGUGUCUGCAGGAGCCCCCCGCCACCCUGCUCCCCAACGUUGGAGGCCAGUGACGACGAGGCCCUGCUGGUCUGCUGACCCGCCGGACACGCUGAUGACCGCCACAGCCCCGCUUUGUAACCAGGGAAUACACAGUCGUUUCUACCCUGCCUCCGUGUCCUUCUUUCUUACGGAGAGGCCCACCCAGAAGCGCAGCCAGCUUCCUGCAUCAGCGCCCUGGCCCCCCUGCUGGGCGUGGUGGGCAGGGGACUGCAGGGGGUUGAACGUGGGGCGAGGGUGGAGUGAUGAGCCCGCCCUCUGCAGGGCCCCAGGGUACACAAGAUACCUUGGGGCCCAUGCCUACCUCCCCUGACUCUAUUCUGGGAAUCCUUUUCCAGAGAAGCGGGAGGGCCAGGGCAGGGCUCCCUGGAAUGUUUCCUGUGGCUUCUCCCUUUAUUCACCCUGUGGGGCACCAGAGCUGUCCCUGGACUGAACAGGGACACGGGUACAUCAGACCUAGUCCAUGGUGCGCACUCUGGUGGCACUGAACCCUCCUGCAUCCUCACAGCAGACCCCGGAGGAGCUGGGCUAGGAGGCUUCUGCCCCCAACCUCAUGCUUGUGGGGUCAGCACGGGCCUGGCCAGGUUGAUGCCCUUUGCCCUCUGGCUGAGGGGUCAAUCUCCCAGGCAGUACUGCGGGGCUGGGAAAGUGGGCACAGGGUAGAGAAAGCCCAUGGGGUCUCUUGCAGGUCCUGAGGGCCCCGGAAGAUGUUACUUGAUGCUUUCUCAGGGAGCAGAGGCUGAGGCACCAGUUGCCAACAGGAAAAUCCAUCCCGUCCUGUCUCAAAGCCUCAGUUUUCCCACCUGUAAACCAGGGCCAGGCCGUGGGCUUUGAAGUCCUGACACUCACUCCGUGGGGGUUUAUGGGAAGAAAGGCAGUUCCAGUGGGAAUCCCGGGCUCUCCUGGGUGACCGAGCCUCCAGCAGGUGUUGCAGGGCCUGGGGGAGGGGCAUACCCAGCGGCUUCCCAAUCCUCCAUGUCCCUUUGGGGCAGGGGCGGCUCCGGACCCCACGGUGCCAGCCCCGGAGGGGGAGUGCCUGGCUGAAGCGGCAGAGCCCCCGAAUGCCAAGGGCCUCCUCCUGGGCCUGCCGGGCCCCCUUCUCCAGCCAGCUCCACGCGUGCCCCCCACCGAGGGGUGCCCACCACCGAGAGGUGCCCACCAGGGACUCACCUGAGACAGGUACACCACCAGCCCUGUUUUAUUCGUAGACCUUUCCAGGAAAAGCUAGCGGGGCAGCGCUGACAGGGGACCCAGUCCCACAUCUUCAGGGCUCCUUACCACAGGCCUCUAAGAGUAGGAUCUCUUUUUUUCCCCAGGAAAAAAAUUUUUUUUUUUUUUUUUUU